GCAGGCGCGUCAACGGCUUUUUUUUGCUGCGCGCGCUGUCUAACCUACAUUCUGAGGGCUGGCCGCUGAGCGCGCAAAACCUCUCUAGACCGGUGGGGUAGUGCGGACAGCUCCCCAGUGAAGGGUCGUCCGUGACCUCUGGUCCGUUUCUUCGGCAGCACGGGGAAUAAAGCUCUCGAAACCGACUGGUCCUGUCCCGGAAAGGGGGCAGAUAUUCAGGACCCCUUCAUCUUCCAGUGGACAGCGAGCCCGGCAUCUUUGGCGUCCGUGGUUGGCAGUUUUUCCAGGUGCUUGCUACAUUGAAAAAUGGCUACUGGACAGGACCGGGUAGUUGCCCUAGUGGACAUGGACUGUUUUUUUGUUCAAGUGGAACAGCGGCAAAAUCCUCAUUUGAAGAAUAAACCUUGUGCGGUUGCACAGUACAAAUCAUGGAAGGGUGGUGGAAUAGUUGCAGUGAGUUAUGAAGCUCGUGCAUUUGGGGUCACUAGAAGCAUGUGGGCAGAUGAUGCUAAGAAGUUAUGUCCAGAUCUUCUACUGGUACAAGUUCAUGAGUCCCGUGGGAAGGCUAACCUCACCAAGUACCGGGAAGCCAGUGUGGAAGUGAUGAGGAUAAUGUCUCGUUUUGCUGGGAUUGAACGUGGCAGCAUUGAUGAGGCUUAUAUAGACCUGACCAGUGCUGUACGAGAGAGGCUACAAAAGCUACAAGGUCAGCCUAUCUCAGCUGAGCUGUUGCCAACCACCUACAUUGAAGGGUUGCCCCAAGGCCCUACAACAGCAGAAGGGACUGAUCAGAAAGAGGAGACGCGAAAACGAGGCUUAUUUCAAUGGCUUGAGUCUCUUCAGAUUGAUAACACCACCUCUCCAGACCUGCAGCUCACUGUUGGAGCUGUGAUUGUGGAGGAAAUGAGAGCAGCCAUAGAGAAGGAGACGGGCUUUCAGUGUUCAGCUGGAAUUUCACACAAUAAGGUCCUGGCAAAACUGGCCUGUGGACUAAACAAGCCCAACCACCAGACCCUGGUCUCACAUGGGUCAGUCCCACAGCUCUUCAGCCAAAUGCCUAUUAGCAAAAUCCGUAAUCUUGGAGGAAAGCUGGGUGCCGCUGUCAUUGAAAUCCUGGGGGUGGAAUACAUGGGUGAACUGACUCAGUUCACUGAAUCCCAGCUUCAGAGUCAUUUUGGGGAGAAGAAUGGGUCUUGGCUAUAUGCCAUGUGCCGUGGGAUUGAACAUGAUCCAGUUAAACCCAGGAAACUACCUAAAACCAUUGGCUGUGGCAAGAACUUCCCAGGAAAGACGGCCCUGGCUACUUGCGAACAGGUCCAAUGGUGGCUUUUGCAAUUAGCCCAUGAACUAGAGGAGAGACUAACCAAGGACCGAAAUGAUAAUGACAGGGUGGCCACCCAGUUGGCUGUGAGCAUUCGUGUACAAGGAGACAAACGUCUCAGCAGCGUGCGACGCUGCUGUGCCCUUAGCCGCUAUGAUGCUCACAAGAUGAGCCAUGAUGCGUUUGCUGUCAUCAGGAACUGUAACACCUCAGGAAUCAAAACUGACUGGUCCCCUCCCCUCACAAUGCUCUUUCUCUGUGCUACCAAAUUCUCCGCCCCUGCCCCUUCAUCUUGCACAGACAUCACCACCUUCUUGAGCAACGACCCAAGUUCUCUGCCAAAGGUGCCAGUUACCAGUCCAGAAGCUAAGACCCAGGGAUGUGGCCCAGCAGUGACAGCCACUAAGAGAGCAACCACUUCUCUGGAAUCAUUCUUCCAAAAAGCUGCAGAAAAGCAGAAAGUCAAAGAAACUUCACUGUCAUCUCUUACUGCCACUACCCAGGCCCCCAUGAGCAAUUCACCAUCCAAGCCCUCCUUACCUUUCCAAACCAGUAGUACUACGGGAACUGAGCCCUUCUUUAAGCUGAAGAGUCUACUUCUAAAACAGAAACAGCUUAAUAAUCCUUCAGUUUUCUUCACUCCACAAAAUCCACAGUCCAGCCGUGAAGAGUUAACAAACUGUCUUCCAGCAGAGUAUCCAGACUGCACCCCUGUCUGUCAAGCAGCAUUGAAGCUAGGAUCCUCUAAAACAACUCCUACAGAGAUGGAUUUGGCCCAGAACAGCCCAAGCAGGCUUGCUUCUUUAACUUCCAGCUCUGCUCUGGAGGUGGCUCAGAAAUCAACUACUACCCCAAGUCCUAUGGCAGCUGAGGACCAAGUGCCCUGUGAGAAGUGUGGCUCUCUGGUACCUGUCUGGGAGAUGCCAGAACAUAUGGACUAUCAUUUUGCACUGGAGUUGCAGAAAUCCUUUUUGCAGCCCCACUCCUCAAACUCACAGGCUGUUCCUGCCGGUUCUCCUCAAAGCAAAAGAAAUCCCAAGAGCCCUUCAGCCUCCAGUAAUAAACGCCCUAGGCCUGAGGGCAUGCGGACAUUGGAAUCAUUUUUUAAGCCAUUAACACAUUAAUGCUGCCCUCAGGCUUGUUGCAGGGUUUUAAUAUUUUACCUGGAAACUAGGAGAUGGAAAUAUGCUCACUUCGCAAGGAAAUCUGUAACUUUAUGAAAUUUUUAGUAAGAGAAAUAAUCCAGUUAGAUGCGGAGUUAAAACUCCCAUCUCUUCACAUGCAUGGAUCCCAAUUCCAUUGCUGACAGAGAUGUAAAAACUAACUUAUCUUGCAGAUAUCACUGCUUUGAGUUUUUAAUCAUCAGAGUUUAGGGAGGCAGUGUCAGAGUACAAAUGUGUGGGCCUCGAAGCCUAGGAGAGGCACUUUCCUUAUCUGUACAACUGAUAAACCUUACAGAUUAUGGGAGAUUAAGGACAGUGUAUUUAAAGUACGUGGCUUAAAGACGGCACAAAAUAGGAACUGAGAAAAAAACGUUUUUUUAAAAAAUUUUCCCCAAGCUCUGUGAUGGGGGCAGUUCAGAUAAUGCUUUGACCAAAAUGUGAGGUUUGAGAACAUGAGGUGAAGACCUGAAACCCUAAAGUGGUAACUAGUUUAGAGUAGCGCUCUGUACACAGAAGCUGCUCAAUAAAUACUGCAUUU